AUGGUGCGACUACGAUUACGAGCAUGCGAUAAGGAAGGAGUACAAAUCGUAGUCGAGACAGGUAUUGGUCUUGGUGUUUUCGCUGGCAAACACAUUGGCAUUGAUGCCAAAGUACGGAAUUUGUCUGCAUAUGCUGUUCGGCAUGUACUCCAAAAUGAACCAACCAUGUUCAAAAAUAUCCGCGCUAUUGUGUUUGCUUUACCGAUCUUCUCCAAAAGUAUUGACGGCCGUCAGCUUCCUGACACUUAUCAUGAUUUUGCCAACGAAUUUCACACGAGUCAAUACAGUGGACCUAUACCUGUGCUUAUCGCUGAUCAGGAUAUGCAUGAAUUGACGGUAGCCAUUGCUCUUCAGGGCUUUCGUGUUUCUCAACUCAAUCCAGCUGAUUCACAUGGUGUGUUUGGCGAAUAUUGGCAAAAUUAUGGACCAGCAGUCGAAGAAAAACUUGCUCUGACGACACUCGGUCUGCUCGUUCAACAUCAUCUUAUUAAUCCUUCAGUUCUAGAUACGAGUAAAUAUAACAUCAUAUGA